AUGUUGUUGUUGUCGUUGUUGUCGUUGUGUGCUGGUUUGACCUUUCAUUGGUUUAAUUAUGUCAAAGAAGAAGGAAGAGAACGCUUGUAUAUGGCGUAUGUUUGUGCUGGAGGUAGAGAGAGGAGAAGAGGAAGGGAGGGAAGGAGGGGAAGGGGCGCAUUUCGUCAUUUUGGCGCACCACUAAUGCGUUGCGUUCAUUGCGUCUACGUGGCUAGUGUGUACUCUCAUGCUGGUCAGUGA